GAGAAGCACUGUGAACAUGGCAGAAGUCGCUCCAGCACCAGCCGCCGCUCCGGCCAAGGCCGCCAAGAAGAAGAAGGCCACGAAGCCCGCCAAGACCGGCCCCAGCGUCGGCGAGCUCAUCGUCAAGGCUGUGUCCGCCUCCAAGGAGCGCAGCGGUGUGUCACUAGCCGCCAUCAAGAAAGCUCUGUCCGCCGGAGGAUACGAUGUGGAGAAGAACAAUGCUCGCGUUAAGACCGCUGUGAAGAAGCUAGUUACUGCCGGAACCCUGGUUCAGACCAAGGGUACCGGAGCUUCCGGCUCUUUCAAGAUGAGCAAGAAAGAAGCUCCCAAAGCCAAGAAAGCCGCUCCCAAAGCCAAGAAGGCUGCCGCCAAGAAACCUGCCGCCGCCAAGAAGCCCAAGAGCCCAGCGAAGAAGCCGGCGGCCGCCAAGAAGUCUCCGAAGAAGGCGGCCAAGAAGCCUGCAGCUAAGAAGGCGGCGACAAAGAGUCCCAAGAAAGCCGCUGCCAAGAAGCCCGCCAAGAGCCCCAAGAAGGCGGCUAAGAAGCCCGCGGCCAAGAAAACUCCGGUCAAGAAGGCAGCCAAGCCUAAAGCCAAGAAGGCAGCACCCAAGAAAAAGUAGACGUUCUUGUCUUCCUUAAAAGGCUCUUUUCAGAGCCACCCACUUUCUCUACUGAGCCUCCGCUGUGUUUAAUAGAUGCGUUUCUGAUAGAUGCACGUUCUCAUCACGACUGUCCUUAGUACUGAGACACAUUACUUGGAGAGUCAUAACGCAUCACGCAUCAAUUGUCAUUUAGUGAUUAGAUUAUCUACUUCAGUGGCAAACAAUGAGCUGUUCCCAGUGAAGAUCUCGCUCGUGCAUCCACACAGAAAAGGCUCGUUGGCCACUACCUCCGCCUCCAACAUCAACCUAGCCACAAACUCCAUAUU